AUAUUUGCAGCAGCCUGGCGCACAUCCCUCACCUGCCUCGGCUGCUCUCCUCCGACUCUGCUCCACACAUCCUGUCUGGGAGAGAGAGGCAAAGGAGGAAGAGAAUCAACCUGAGGGACUCGGGUGCCAAGUUUAAACAACUUUUACGCAGUCUAUAACACGGUUUUUUUCAAAUCGGAUCUCAAAACUUUCCGUCGAUCUUCACUAUUUUUUUCACGGGGUGGUUACACUUUUUGAAAAAGUUCAUCAAAGUUUCUUAUGUGGCUUGUGGGAACUGAAGUGAAGGUGCGCGUAAGGGGAAUAUUUUUUUUGCCGUUGUUCUUUUAUGGAUAUUUGUUGACACCUUAAUAAAUAAAAAAAACUAGGCUACUUAAGUGUAUAGUUUUAAAGUAAUAUUCCAUACCAGCGUAAUUGGAGGCGUUUGUCCAUAAGGACGUAAAUCCAGUGCCAAGCUGCUGAACAGGAGAGAGCUGUCCGCAUGAAGCGUUGGAUUUAUGUGAAAUAAAACAAGAAGUCACAGCAAAUAUAAUCUGGAUUCCGUGAUGUAUAUGUGAAAGUUUCCCCGAUCCGAAUUGAUUUUGUUCGGACAAGGGGGAGACUUUGAUGGAUUUUUUAUGUGGGACCCGCUAGGAUGGAGGUGGUAGACGAAACAGAGGCAUUACAGAGGUUUUUUGAAGGUCAUGAUAUUACCAGUUCUCUGGAGCCAGCCAACAUUGACACCAGUAUUCUGGAAGAGUACAUCACCAAGGAGGACGAUAGCACUGACAUCUGUUUCUCAGAGGUCCACAGCUCCGCAGGACCAAAUUACUCAUCUCCCCAGGCAGGAGUGUCCUCCUCUGGGGGUCUGGUGUGUGCUGUGAGCCCCCCUAUUCCACUACGCCAAGGAGCCCCUCCGCCUGGGCCCCCUAACUGUCAGAACGCCUACCCCCCAGGUCCGUCCCUGGGCCUUCGACACGGCUACCCCUGCCUGGGGAGCAGCCACCAACAGCACCAACAGCAGCAGCAACAGCAGGCUCACGUCAAGCCUGAACACAGGAGUCACUACACUCCAGGGACACUACCUGAGUCCCCCCCAGACUCCAGCUCAGAGCCGUACUCUCCUCAGCAGGUGAAUGAUCCUCACAUGAUCAGGACCAUGACACCAGAGAACAUGUGUCACAUGACUCCAACGCCACCGCUCCCACCACACGGGCACUAUCACAGCAUGCAUCGGGACAUGUACAUGAAGCCGGAGCCCAUGAUAUCACAGUAUCCGAUGGAACCAGCUACGAGCGGAAGUGGUGACAUGCAGCAGACACAGAUGCUCCAUCAGCUACUGCAGCAUCCUCAGGGGCAAGAUGGCAUCCCUGUUCACCAAGCCAAGAAGAGGAAGCACUCUGACUCUCCCAACAGCACCCUCAAUUCCCAAAUCCUCACAGGUAUCAUCAAACAAGAACCAGGUUUAAUGCAGGAUCCCGACAACACCUACUUGGACCCAAACUAUCAGUGCAUUAAGUGGCAACCUCACCAGCAGAACAAGUGGACACCACUGUAUGACGCCAACUGCAAAGAGCUUCCAAUGCCAACGUACCGUGUUGAUGCUGACAAAGGCUUCAACUUCUCCUUGGCUGACGAUGCCUUUGUUUGUCAGAAGAAGAACCAUUUUCAGGUCACAGUAUAUAUGGGCAUGCUGGGCGACCCCAAGUACAUCAAGACAAGUGACGGCCUGCAGCCUAUCGAUUGCUUCUAUCUCAAACUCAACGGAGUAAAGGUGGAGGCCAUGAACCAGUCCAUCAAUGUGGAGCAGUCGCAAUCUGACCGCAGCAAGAGACCCUUCAAGCCAGUGCUUGUCACCCUGCCCCCAGAGCAGGUCACAAAGGUCACAGUGGGGCGGCUCCACUUCAGCGAGACCACAGCGAAUAACAUGAGGAAGAAGGGCAAACCAAACCCUGACCAGAGGUAUUUCAUGCUGGUGGUGGCACUGCAUGCUCAGUCCCACAGUCAGAGUUACACUGUGGCUGCUCAUGUGUCUGAGAGGAUCAUCGUCAGGGCGUCCAACCCAGGCCAGUUUGAAAGUGACAAUGAGGUGCUGUGGCAGCGUGGCCAACUGCCAGACUCAGUCUACCACCACGGGAGAGUCGGCAUCAACACUGACCGACCAGAUGAAGCCCUUGUUGUCCAUGGCAACCUGAAGGUCAUGGGCUCCCUGGUACACCCCUCUGACAUCAGGGCUAAAGAAAAUGUCCAGGAGGUCGACACCACAGACAAUUUGAAACGGAUUUCUCAGAUGAGGCUGGUCCAUUAUCAGUACAAGCCUGAGUUUGCUGCCACUGUGGGCAUAGAGAACACUGCAGAGACUGGAGUGAUUGCUCAAGAGGUUCAGCAAAUCCUGCCUGAAGCAGUGAAAGAGGGGGGUGAUGUGGUGUGCUCUAAUGGAGAAACUAUCCCCAACCUGUUAGUUGUCAACAAGGAACGUAUCUUUAUGGAGAACGUGGGGGCAGUGAAGGAGCUGUGUAAGCUGACAGACAACUUGGAGACUCGUAUAGAUGAACUGGAGCGCUGGAGCCGCAAACUGGCCAAGCUGCGUCGUCUUGACAGCAUGAAAAGUACCGUGAGUGGGGGCACUGUCAGCCAAUCAGGGAGUUAUUUUAGCAGGACAGGAAGCGGCCCACUCAAGAGGAAGACAGUCAAACCUGGGAGCAAGAAUUUGCCUCCAGAUCAAGGCUGCAUCAGUCAGAGGUUCAUGCAAGGGACCAUCUUAGCGCUGGUCAUAGUCAUGGCCUUCAGUGUCAUUUCUAUGUCUGUCCUUUAUGUGCUGACCCUUCACCAUAGAGGAGACAUCACAGAGAAAGCUGACUACGUUCCUUCCUGUGUUCUCUACAUCUCUUGGAUGCCCAUCUUCACUGCCACUGUAACUUUCUGUCCACCUGUCUGUCCAUGGUCAAGAGCUGCACUGGGAUCACGUAAGUCUUCAUAUAAUCCGCUGUCCACCACCUCUGCACCUGCUUGCUGUUCAACCACACCUUUAAACAACCAAUCAGCUACAGUUUUGACAUCAAGUAACAACCAGUCCAGCUCAGAAUUAGACACUGUGGUUCCCACACCAGGCACUAUUAAUAAGAAGGCCAAGUCCAGACUAAUGGAUAAGGACGGCCACAGUAGAAACCGACUGAGUCACACCUCAGCACCUUUGUAUUUUGCCAAGUCCAAAAGGCCGGCAUCCACAGACCUGGAUGGAGUGGGAGCUCCCAAUCAUCUGCCCGGGGGUCAGCCAGUGCCACGUAGACAGCGCAGUCUACAUACAAAGAGAGUAAGGUUAGCUCCCUCUCUGACUAGUCUACAUAUUGUGGAGACAAACCAAGAGAUCACAGGACAAAAUUGUGCAACACCCAGGAGCUGCAGCUACACAGUAUCACUCCAUGGACAGAGAAAUUCCUCUAUCUCACAAAUUACUUUGCACAUGACGUCCACACACAGUGUGUGGGUACGACAAUGUGGGGCCACCAAGGGACGUUUAUGCCCCAGGCACACAGAGGUAGAGCUCUAUGGUGGACAGAGUACAUCAACAAAGGGGACUCAUCACCUGUGGUCAGUGCCUGUGCUGGGCUUCCAGGACAUCACCUAUGACUUCCGUGUCUCCCUGUCUAGUGACGUGAGUUGUACCGCUGAAGGAGAAACCUCAUCAUACUCUGACUACCAUUUUCUCAUUCAAAGCAGCUGCGUGUGAGGAGGAAGACGAGGUGACCCAGUGCCUUGUGAUGCACCGCAUUUCACCUUUGUGGUUCCAUUAUAAGGAUUUUGUGAUGGGAUAGGGUUUUGUCUUAUUUUUGUAUAUGAUUUUUAAAGAGAUUUAAUGCAGAACAAACUAUAUACCACUGUCCUCACUGUAAUCCCCUCUAUAUGCAUUAAGACAUCUCUGUUGUGAUCACUGGAGUUUGAAACACUGUUUUUAAGUUUUUCCUGUCAUUGAAAAUGUCGUAGAUCACUGUAAUUUACUACUGUUGCGCCACUGUUAACUACUAUUGUGAAAGUAACACCAAUGUGUUUAUUACUGAUCAUUUUGUCUUCCAUAAUUAAAAUAAGCCAUAAUUACUUUUAGCAGGGUUCAAGUUUCUAAAUUAAAUUAAGUGCAGGCUAAGAUACUGUAGAAAACACUGCAUGCAUUUUUGUUUCGUUUUAUAAUACUAUGAAUCUUUAUGUACACUCAAACCAGUGUCAACUGAAAACAGAAACACUUUUUAAUAGUUUUAUGCAGAGGAGAGAAGAUCAUUGGCUUCUGCUGUAGGCUGAAUGUGAAUGGUUGCAACUCACAGGGAAAAUAUACCUCAGUAGUGCACACUGGCAAAUCCUGGAUCUCUACAGUGGAGCUUUGUGUUUGAACUGUAUAAUGUUUUUUCUUAUUAUUUCUUGUUCUGAAGGCAUUUUCCACUUACUCUCACCACCAUGAUAUUAUUGUUUUUGUCAGACUUUGUUUUUAAAUUCAUAUUCCAUACGGUAUGUGUAUUAUUUAGAAAAACACAGUAGCAUCUCAAAUGUAAAAACCAAUAUUAAAGGAAUAUAGGAAAACAGCCAUCAGAAAAAUGUUUAUUAUAAUAUGAAAACAGUGUACAAUGCUUGUAGGAUAAUUAUUAUUGCUUAGAUACUGGGUAUAGUGUGCUAUUUUAGCCUAUUUAUAAUGCACCAGCUAGCCUAAUGAAACCAUUGUAGCACUUUUUGCACUGUAUAUAUGAACUGCUUUGGCUCUAUCCAGUGCACCAGACUUGUUUCAGAUACUCUGGUACACCUGCAUUACAUGUAACUAUAUAGCUUCAUUUUCUUCCAGCCACUGCUCCUUUUUAUCUGAUGUGUUUUAUCAUAUUGUUUUUAUAGUUGAUAUUUUCCAGUUGUUGUAUUAUCAAUAAUAUAUUAACUUGUAGCUACUGGAGCCCAGAAAUUAUUUCUAAACAUGAAAACACACACAUUUCUACAUCUAUCCAUACACACACACACACAUAUACACUAUAGCAAAA